AUGGACCUGGGAGGAGAACCUGAAAUUUCUGAUCGAUGGGGUGUCGAACGUCGCGCGUACGGCUCAUCUGACCUUGCUCAGCUCUCCUCUGUCGGUCCGACUGCCUCCGCCCCUUCUUUCAGACGCUUCUGGGACCCGGCGAACCCCAUCUCGGGACUCAGAACGCCUGUGGCUCCGAGGAAACCCCAGCGUGCACUUAUAAGAUCAUGGGAUACAGCUUUUGCUGUUGCUCUUGCCCGCGGGCAGGGUUUUCCCGACUGCGUGCAUGGGCCGCUGGCUAAGAACGCCGUAUGCGACACCUCGAAAGACCCUAUCACGCGAGCCCGAGGACUUGUCGCGGCUAUGACCACGACAGAGCUCAUCAACAACACGGUGCAUAUGGCUCCGGGCGUGGCACGGCUGGGAAUACCCAGCUACGACUGGUGGAGCGAAGCGCUGCACGGUCUUUCGACGAUCCAUGGCGUCGACUUUGCUGCUAGCGGGAAUUUCAGCUACGCGACUUCGUUUCCGCAGCCUAUCGUCAUGAGUGCUGCAUUCGACGAUGCUCUCAUCAAAACUGUCGCUUCGACCAUCAGCACUGAAGCGCGUGCGUUUUCUAAUGCGGCGCGGACUGGGCUGGAUUGGUUUGCGCCAAACAUAAACCCGUGGCGUGAUCCACGGUGGGGCCGGGGCCCGGAGACGCCCGGAGAGGAUGCGUUCCGUGCGGCACAGUACGUGUACCAGUACAUCGACGGCUUCCAGGGUGGGAUUGAUCCAAAACCGUACAUCAAAAACACGGCAGUCUGCAAGCAUUGGGCUGGGUAUGAUAUUGAGACGAACCGGCUCGCAUUCGAUGCUAUCAUCACCACACAAGAACUGAGCGAGUACUUCAUGCGCCCCUUCCAGACUUGUGUCCGUGAUGCCCGGGUCAAUGCGGUCAUGUGCUCAUACAACGCAGUGAAUGGAGUGCCCGCAUGCGCCAGCCCGUACCUGCUCCAGGACGUGCUGGUCGGUUCCUAUGGCUUCAGCAACAACAGCUGGAUUGCCAGUGACUGUGAUGCCGUCGCCAACAUCUUCGAUGCCCACGGCUAUACCGACUCCUACCCCGCUGCAGCUGCCGCGGCUAUCAAGGCGGGCACAAACGUCAACUGUGGGACGACCUUCUCUCUCUAUCUCCAGGCGGCCAUCGACCAAGGCUUGGCAGAGCGUGCUGAUGUCGAGAAUGCCGUCGCGCGGUUGUACUCGUCUCUCGUCCGUCUGGGGUACUUCGAUCCACCUACCCAACAGCCGUAUCGGCAGAUCACAUGGGAUGAAGUGAACACUCCCUCUGCCCAGAAAUUGGCAUACGUCGCAGCGGCGGAGGGACUAGUCUUGCUCAAAAACGAUGGCACGCUUCCGCUGAAGAAAAAUCUGAAGAAGAUGGCAGUCAUCGGCCCAUGGGCCAAUGCUACCACUCAGAUGCAAGGCAGCUACUUUGGCAUCGCGCCUUUCCUGAUUACGCCCAUCAUGGGAGCCAGCGCAGCUGGAUACCAAGUCAUUUAUGUUCCCGGCAUGGCGGAUGUUCUGGAUACGUCUACAUCUGGGUUUGCCGACGCGAUUGCUGCUGCUCAUGCUGCCGACGUCGUUGUCUUUGUUGGUGGCAUUGAUGCUACUGUUGAGGGAGAAGCUCUUGACAGAAAGACCAUCGUCUGGACUGGCGUUCAGCUUGAGCUGAUCCAAAAACUCUCGGCUGUCGGCAAGCCUCUCGUCGUGGUGCAGUGCGGUGCAGGUCAGAUCGACGAUUCGUCACUGCUUUCCAACGCAGGUGUCGGGGCCAUUCUCUGGGCGGGAUACCCCGGCCAGAGCGGAGGAGCGGCUAUUUUCGACAUCAUCAGCGGGAAGGUUGCUCCUGCUGGUCGUUUGCCGGUGACGCAAUAUCCCGCCGCCUUCAUCGACCAGGUCCCGAUCACCGACAUGAACCUGCGACCGAACAAGACCUCGGGGAACCCAGGGCGGACAUACCAAUGGUACACUGGCUCCCCCGUCUUCGAGUUUGGCUUUGGGCUGCAUUACACGACGUUCUCGGUCCAUUGGCAGACGACCCCGGUCGCGAGUUACUCGAUCUCGAAUCUGCUGAAGAAGGCCGGAUCCGCCGCACACCCCGAUCUGGCGGUCUUCGAUACGUUCAAAGUCAACGUGCACAACGCCGGGAGCACGGUCUCGGACUUUGUCGCUCUGAUGUUUGUGAAGACGACGGCAGGACCAGCGCCGUUCCCGAACAAAUCGCUGAUCGGUUAUUCGCGCGUGGCUGCGCUCAAGGCAGGGUGGACGGUCGCUACGUCGAUCGGUGUGACCCUGGGCAGCAUCGCCCGCACCGACGACAGUGGUAAUCUCUGGUUGUAUCCCGGCCGCUACAGCCUCAGCGUCGAUGUGCCUGAGAGUCUGACCCAUGAUUUCACCCUCACCGGUCAAGCGGUGCAGCUCAGCCACUUCCCCGCGCCGCCAUAGUUGCAGUAGCACUCGAGUAGCAUGUUCAGAGCAGUGUAAGCACAUUUCCAUCAACUCUUUAUGACGUCAAA